CGAAGGUACCAGAAUUAUAUUUUAUUUAAAUUAUAUAAAACAUAAACAAAUAAUAAAAAAAAAAUAUUAUAUACCAAUUUAUCAUUUGUCUAUGGAUCAAAUGAAAUGUGCUAAGCCAGGAACAGAUGUUUUAAAUUUUCAUUUUCUAUAAUUAUCGCUGAAUUUAACCUUUACAAUACACAAAUACGGCGGUAAUUGUGUUGUUUAUUAGUGUAGUGCUAUGAUUUAUCGGAAAAUUUUUAUGUUACGGUGUAAAUAUAGUCAUUGAAACCAUAAUGUAUUCAAGCAAAGAUGCGGCAAACACUGCGUACCCGACGCAGUGGGCUUUGAAUCCCACGGCGUAUCAAAAUGUGGACUCUAGUCAAGUGGAUUGGGCAGCAUUAGCUCAGCAAUGGAUUGCUAUGAAGGAAGCGGUGGCAAUAGUGAGCGCACCACCGCCUCCUUCAGUGAAGCCAGAAGCCGAGGAGGGUGAAGCGCCGAUGGAAGUCGAAAAUAAUGAUAAUAACACCGACGGCCCCCCUCCCGGUGCGGAGUGGAACUCGACUUCUAACUCGUGGGGAAACAACUGGAAUCAGUGGGGUUGGGGGUGGCCUGGUUCAGGACCAGUAGAUUCGAAAAUGCCUCCAGAUCCAAACCUAGCAAUGCCACCCAUGAUAGAUGGGUAUGCAUUACCAACUGAUGCAGGUGCUCCUUCCAUGCCAGGAUACUCAACAAGUACAGGGCCAUCGUCGACAUUCCAACAUGGCUACUGGACUGCACCACCUGGGGAGCAGGGAACAAACAGGACAAACAUCUCUAACCGCGAAAGAAGAUCCAAGAGUAAAACCAGAGACAACAAGAACUCCAGAAACACACGAUCACAUAGGGACAAACCACCAAUAAUUCCAGCAGUGUUGGAAUCCAUAGUCCCGCCUGUACCUAUGCCAACACCUACUUUGGAUGCGGCGAAACGAAGGCAACUACCAGCGUGGAUAAGAGAAGGUCUAGAGAAAAUGGAGCGAGAAAAACAACGCGCACUGGAAAGAGAACAAGAGAAGAAAGCACGCGAAGAAGCAGAGAAAGCAAAGAAGCUUCUAGAAGAAGAAGAAUUGAAAAGGCUAAAAAAUGAAGCAUCAGGACAACCUAUGAUUCCGCCGAAGAGCAAAUUUGAAUCAGACUCGGAGACAGAAGAGAUGGAGCCAGUCACACAGGACAAAUCGUCUAACAGCACUCCUCCAAAGGAAGAGCUUGAGGAACAAUCGAGGGAUGACGUUAAGGAGGAACCACCAACCCUCGUCAAGAAAACCAAGGAGGAAAUCAUGCAGGAAGUGAUGCUAGCAGUUAGACGCUCGCUAACAGAAAUCCUGCUUGAGGUGACGGACCAGGAGAUCGAAACGGUGAGCCAGGAAGAAUGUGCCAGAUAUAACGCAGCACAAGCGUCGCGCAUCAACGCUAUGAAGGCGAGCAAGUCGAAGGCACUCGCUGCUAUCGCCAGUGGCCUCGGUUUGGGCGCGUACGAGAGCAGUUCUGGCGAGAGCGGUGACGAAGAUGACCAGAACGACAUUUCUGACCAACAGCUGCAGGAGAUCAUCAAGCGCAGGCGGCAGGAGUUCGAGCGCACGGCGCGCGAGAUCGAGGCGGAGGUGCGCCGCGCCGAGGCGCGCGACCUCGAGCCCGCCGCCGCGCCCCCCGCGCCCGCCGCCUCCCCCGGCGACCACACGCCUGAGCGCGCCGCGCGACCACGAUCGUCGGCGACUCCACCGCCUGUAGACAGCGAAACACCUGAAAAAAUUGUCGAAAAACAUUCAUCAAAAGACAAAAGAAAUACUCACAAAUCACACGACAAAAUUGACGGAGUAAGAAAAGAAGCAGCUGCAGAAGACAAAUCUCGGAAAAUUGACAAAUGGGAGAGAACUCCAAGUCCGCCAGCAAAAAAUAGCAAAAAAGCUAAUGACAAAGAGAGUUCGUCCUCAACCAGUGACUCUGAAGACGAUUCGUCGUCUAAUUCGAGUGAAUCGUCGUCUGAAAGCGAACCCGAAGUUAAGGUCAUAUCUAAACAUUCGAAGAAACGCAAACGACGAAGCUCAAGUUCUGGCAGCUCCCAAAAGAAACAACAUCGAGACAGGUCCAAAGAGAAAUCAUACAAAGAAGAAAAAUACUAUAAAUCUAAAUACUACGACGAGCAGGAACGAUCAGAGAGACCCAAGUCGAAACGGAAAGACGAUUAUUAUGAGAAACAGAGGUCAACAAGAAGCAGCAAAGAGGAGAGGAGUAGAUAUAGGGACGAAUCGGACGACGAGCGGCCGCGGAAACGUUCGAAACGAUCGCGCUCGAUCAGUUACGAGUCGCGCUCGGGCAGGAAGAAGAGCUCGCGGGAGUCCGCCGACCGCUCCGAGCGGCGCCGCCGCGACACGCACUCGCACGACGCCGAGCGCUACGAUAAGUACGACAAGUACGACAAAUAUGAUAGGUAUGAACGGGGUAGGGAGCACGAGCGACGCCGCGACCGCCGGUGAACAUCAGGUUACCAACACUGCAGGUUGUAUUCUUCAUUUGUUUGUUCCGUUGAGACAGCCCUGUCCAUAUCUCGUCAAUUAUCGAUAACUUGCCACAGUAUAUCGAUACUAAAUUUCGAAAUUUUAUAUCGAUUAGUUAUCUGCCACUUGACAGUAUGAUUUUAAAUAUACAAUUAAUAUUCACGCCUAUUCCAAAUACAUAAUUUAUAUCGCAAUUAUAAAAUAAUAUUUUUGAAUUAUAAGUACCAAAUUGUAAAGUAGACUACGGAUUAUAUCCCCAUGUGCCUUAAAUAAAAGGAUACCAGAAAUGUAUUUUUACGCAUAUGAUAAUUGGUUGCCGUCUUGUUCGUCAGAUAAUGUUUUUAACGCUGUAUUUCAAUAAAAAUACAUUAUUGAUCUCACCUCAUGAUAGUAUCAAAAUAAUACAAAGUAUGAUAAGCAGUAUACAUGGGUUGAGGAUUGAGACGUCCUUUGCCGAUUUUACAAACAAUUUUCCCGAGGUUUUUUCCCCAGAAAGGGUUAACGACAUGCAGGCAGCCAGUGGUAAAAACUGAGGCAAAUAAUUUAUGCAACGACCUUUAACAAAUGAUUUCAAUCAUCGCUCUGAUUCCGAAAAUAAAAUAACCAAAAAACCUCAUUCGUAAGCAUAUAUAAACGUUGUAUUGAUUGGUCCAUUUUCGCGAUAGAUCGAAAAAACUAUUUGGAACGUAUAUUGACAUGGGCGCCAGAAGGGGGGUGUAAGUAGGUGCACAUGCACCCCUCUGCUCGGAAAUAAAUCACAAAAAAUAUAUGUCUCCGCAUGAUUCUGCAACAAUGGGAACUAUCGACCACAGAGGUUUUAUAUUUAUGAUAAAGUAUUUUCAAAAACCCGCCUGAUUUGAAUUUGAAAAACUACUUCAUGAUAAUAUUAUGUAGUAUAGUGCAAUUUGAAUUUGAAAUAUACUUAAUGGUAUCAUAGUAUUAUGUAGUAUAGAGCGUAGGUGUAGAUGCACCUCCCUAAAACUAAGCUUGACGGCGCCCAUGUUUAUUGAUAGCGGCGGCAAGAGUUGAAUUGACGGCACAGCGUAGUGAGAUAUGGCAAGGUGGAAAACAACAUCCUUCCACUUGAAUAGAUCUAGCCAAACAACUUAGCUGCAUUUAGAAUCGUUUCAGUAGAUACUUAUCGGAAUUAAAAUUUAAGGAUGCAUUUUAUUACCUGAAUUUGACUGCUUAAUUUGUGUAACAUCCGGCUAUAAAACCCAAUAUUCAAUUAUUAUUCUCGCGUGUUGGCCAUAAAACUGUAAAAAUUACUGCAGGUUUUCAUAAUAUAAUCUUCGUUAAUUUUGCACAAUUGCUUUGUAAUGCAAUUAUUACAAAGAGAUUUAAUUAAACUUCCGGUAAAAAACAAUGUAAAUUACUAAUUUAGACUCAAUAUGCGGUUUAAUCUUAUUAUGUUAAUUAAAGUAGGGUUCAUGCAAUUUCGUGACCUCAAAGAUAAACUUAGAUAAACUUAACUGGACAAACACUGUAGUUAUAGGUAGGAUGUAGACGAUUUACAUAUUAAUCCCUAAUUUAAGUAAGCUGUAUUUUUAUUUAAUGUAUCAAAUUUACCAAAAAUACAAUUUUCCUUAUGAACUAAGACAAAUAACUCUUAGGUGGUAACAUACCAAUAUUAAAUUGAGAUCAUAAGACAAAAACUAUAUCUCGGUACCUACACUAGGCACAGCCUGAAUCGUAGGCGACCGAUGUACAUACCGCGUUACACAUUAUAAUAAAAUAUUUUUUUCUUUGGAGAUGACAAUCCUGUUAGAAAUUCAUUCCCUUUAUUUUUAUCCACUUGCCAAUAGUUCUCGAUGCUCUCGUAAUUUUAUUCUCGAAAAUAAUUCAAAAUUAUGAAAAGACGUUAAAAAUACAUUUCUGGCAUCUAGCACAACGAAAAGACUGUGAUAUAUUUUUUUAUUUUCUCUCUUACAGGUGGGAGCAGAUGCGGCUUGCCACAAUGUAAAUAUGUAAUAGUGUUUUGUGUAUAGUAUUAAUAUUUUAGUGUGCACCGGUCACUCAUCGCAUAUUCCAAUAAAUUAUAAAAUAAGUGAA